AUGAAGAAGCAACACCACGCCUACACACUGAGAUGUGAUGACAAAUAUCAUCGAUUGGAUAUUAAUAUUGUUAUAUCCCACAAAUUUUUAGAACACAACAAGAAAUCAUGCUUGGAACACCCAUUAAGGCAUGAGUUUUGCAUUGAAGAGGACAAAUUCUUACUUUUCAUGGAACACAGAGGAAGAAUUAAUGAUGAUGAUGAAAAAAGAUCGACUGUGUCGGAACUUAUUCAAGAGUAUAGAGAAGAACGUAAAAAGAAUCCAUCACUCUUUAACAAGGCUGAUGUUGAUGGUAAUCUUCUGAGGGAUCGAUUGGCAGCUUUAAAAGAAAUGGGCCUUCGAUACCAAAUAUUAUACACAGAAAUUAGUGAAGAAAUUGAAAAAAUUAAAGAAGAAAUGGAAAAGGAAAAAACUGAAGAGGAGAAGUUGAUUAGAAUUAAAAAACAACGAGAGAAGAAGGUUGUCAAUUCUAAACUUCCCAUCAAUCGACAACAAACCAUAAUCUACUCUUCAGAACAAAGAAUACAAUUCAGUCCAAAGGUUGAAAUUACAGUAUCAGGUAAAAAUUUUGGACCAACUGUGCUCACCAGUAGAGAAAAAUAUCUAGCUGACACCUCUCCGGUGCUAAUGAAAAUAUUGGAAGAAACUCUCGAAAAGCAAAACGAAUCUGAAGAAAAAUUUAAACAAAUUUCUUUUCAUGAGCUAGAUAAGCAGUAUAAGGAUUUCAAGUUAUAUGAUUGUUUCCAUCCAGACACAUUCAAGAAAUUUAUAUUAUUUGCCGAAAAUCCCAACCUCAAACAAAAAUACCAUUCAAUAUUAGAAAGGCAGACAGAAGUAAACACUGAAAAUGAGAACAAUAUUUCAGAAGCCAUAAAACGAUUGCAAGAGGUAAAAGAAAACCAUUUAAAACGGUUCGAAGAAAACAUUUCACGAUAUAAGAAUGAAUUAGAACAAACACUGGAGAAAUGUAAGGAGUUUGAUAUGGAAAAGCUUAGAUUAUUAUAUGAAGUUCACAAGUAUAAUGAGCUUGAAAAAGUUGACAGCCUAUUAGAGGCAAGAAAGAAAGAUAUUGAGGCUUUCUUUGAGGAAGAAGAGAAGAAAACAAAAGAAUUGUAUGCAAAACAGCAAACUUCAAGAAGAACUCAAAUAUCAGGGGACUUGGUUAAAUGUGAAAAACUAUUGAGUGAAAUUUUUCCCUCUGAAACAAUUGUUCCAUUAUUGAUUCUAUCAGAUAUUUUGGAAGUUACAGAAUUGAAAAAUUAUUGUAUUCAAGCUGUUACUGAAAAGUUUGGGGAGCAUGUUUAUAAGGAGGCUCUUGGUUCGAGAAUUAUGGCAGAAACAAUGACACAAAUUUUGAGUCAAUUACCUGUAGAAAAAUUGAAAGAACUUAAAACUACAUAUGGAUUUCAUUUCCAAAGAUCGGCUGUUGAGAAGGAAAUUGAUUACAGGAAGGGAAUGUUUGCAGAUGAGUAUAGAGAAAAAUCAGUGGAGGAAUUAAUGCUUUUCCUUAAAAGAGGUGUAGUAUUUCCAGAUGUUUUAAUGGCAGAGCUAGAAAAAAGAAAAGAGAAGAAACCAUAUGUUUCCCUCAAUACUGAGCGUUGCUCCCCAUUUUUGUUAAUUGAUGAUGAUUAUUUGACAGUACAUUUAAAAGGGCAAAAGAGAUAUUCUUGUGUUCAUGCUUCACAUUCGCUCAAUUUUCAAGGGUGGGCAAAAUGGUAUUUUGAGGUAUCAAUAGAACAAUUUGAUGAAUCAUUUGGAUCAAGCAUUUCAAUUGGGUGGGAUGUUGAGAGAACUGGGUGGGAUGGGCCUAUUAUUGGUCUCACACCUGGUUACAGAUCUCAAUUUGGAUACAGUUGGCAGUCUGAUGGGUUACUUCAUUUCUAUGGAAAGGGAAUGUUUAUAGGAACUAAGUUUGUUGCUGGAGAUGUGAUUGGAUGUGGAAUCAAUCAAAUUAAGAAAAAAUUGACAUUUUACAAAAAUGGGGAAAAGAUAACCCUAAUUAAAAAAGAAUCUAACAGAAGGGUUCAGGAAAUCAAAUAUAUCACUAUUCAGGAUGAGAGUUACGAAUUAUUCCCUGCAGCAUGUUUGUAUUCAACAAAGAAAAAUUCUGAUUGUACAGUGAGAUUUAACUUUACAGGACCAUUCAUUGGACAACCAAAACAUUAUGAAGCUUAUGGAAGUGAGAGACAAAUCUUGAAACAACAAAAACAAAUCAAACAAGCACUUCAACUUAAUUAA